GGUUUUUUCUCCUUGCCGUCAAGUCAAGUCGAAUGCGAUAAAGGCGAAACGCGAUUUCAAUCCUCUUAAAACAUCUUUGAUGCGGACCAUCCCUGAGCUGAGUGCAAACUAUGAGGCAGUUGCCUUAAAAUGUAUGCAAUAUAUUCUCCAGUUUAAUAUGCAUACUGUCGCACUAACAUCAGCAAUCAGCCGUGUUUAGCUUCAAAAUCUCGUUUACUUCAUAUCGGGUUCGAGAGUCUUCUCCAAGGCUUUGCGACAUAACAGUACUCAAAAAAAUUAAAUUUAACAAAGGAAAAGGCGAUUUGCCGUUAGAAAGUCAACCUCUCAAUCACUUAUCACUUUUUAAACACUAGCCGAUGUUUCUAAAUUCCGAACGAUGUGAUUACAAAACAAACUCUCUCGGGAGCAUAUUUUUGGCCACUUAACUGCGCAAGUGGCAUAACGCAUUAUGAAUCUUAACAUUUUCGCGGUUUCCCUCAUCGUGUUGCAUGAUUUCUCAGAUGUUACGGCUAAAGUGAAAUAUAAACACAGAGCUAAUAGAACGUUAAAUUCUCUACCGGGUCACACAAAAGUUACAGACGGCUUAGUGUUCCCUUAUGUAGUGGCUAUUUUGAAGAAAUUCUCGUAUUUGUGCGCUGGCGCGUUGCUGGAUGAUAAAUGGGUGCUCACCGCAGCGGAUUCCUUUUACGCGCUCAGAGAAUCGUCCAGGGUGAUAAGAGUUCGGUUAGGAAGCAUCAAUUACAAGAAAGGUGGAUCAUUACUCCCUGUGAAGACCAUAGAAAUCCACCCUCACUUCGACGAUAGUAGGCCUGUUUAUGACGUGGCAUUGAUAAGGCUGGCUUAUAACGUACGACUUACUGCCAAAUUGUACCCUAUAAGGAUGCAGACCAAACUGAAGGAAGUGAUAGCGACACAUGUGAUAGUGUCAGGGUGGAGUCCAUUUAUGCACGUGAAGAAGAUUAACAAACAAGCACCGAUUUCCACGGAUUUGAUAAAACAACAGCGAAUAUUGUCCAUAUCGCAUCUUCAUCCUUGGAGCGCAGCAGAAUGUAAAGAAGAAUUGAACUCCUUAGAAAUUAAUGAUACAGAGGCAAUUUUGUGUCUUGAACUGGAUUCAAAGUCUGAUUCAUGUUGGAGGGACACUGGUGCUCCGGUCGUAUUGAACGGUGUACUAUGGGGCAUAGUCAGCUCAUGGCAUCAGGACGAUUGCUACUUAGAACCGGGAGCUACCUUCGUGAACCUGGUGGCAGCCAAGAAAAUCAGCUCGUGGAUCUAUUUAACUACCUACAGCGGGAACAAAACUGAGUAUUCAAAGACUCGAGCGAGUACUGAUGAAGAUUACAGUUAUGAUGUUUGAUAUGAUAUUUGAAUAAAGUAACAGUAGAGAAAGACGUAACGAUUUUGUAUAAUAAUAAGAUAACUCAAUAAAUAUUUGUUAUAUUAUAAUAAUGUGA